AUGCAAUUAAAUCAGACAAGUGCAGCAGGCAAAAAGUCAGUUCUCGAAAAACACCCAGACGAUGUCGUUAUCGUGGCAGCAUACAGAACUGCUAUCGGUAAAGGUUUCAAAGGAAGCUUUAGAAACGUGAGCACAGAAUUCAUCCUUACCGAGUUUCUCAAACAAUUUCUUAAGAAAACCCAAGUUGAUCCUAACUUGAUUGAAGAUGUUGCCAUGGGUAACGUAUGUAACCAAGCUAUUGGUGCAAUGGAACAUCGUGGUGCAUGUUUGGCUGCUGGUAUCCCAUACACCUCUGGUUUCAUUGGUAUCAACCGUUUCUGCUCCUCAGGUUUGAUGGCCAUUUCAGAUAUCGCAAACAAGAUUUCCACUGGUGAAAUCGAUUGCGGUAUUGGUGGUGGUAUCGAAUCCAUGUCACAAUACUACAAGAAGGCUAUGCCUUCCGUCGACCCACACUUGGGCGACGACGAAGCCGUUGCCGGAUGUAUGAUCCCUAUGGGUAUCACCAACGAAAAUGUUGCUGAAAAGUUUAACAUUUCAAGAGAAACUCAAGAUGCAUUCAGUGCCGAGUCAUACCAAAAAGCUGCAGCUGCAGUUAAGGAGGGCAAGUUCAAAGAUGAAAUCUUGCCAAUCAGAUCUAUCAUUAGAACCGAAGACAAGGAUGGUAAUGUCGUUGAAAAGGAAAUCAUUGUUGACACCGAUGAAGGUCCAAGAGCAGGUGUCACUGCCGAGAGUCUUUCCAAAUUGAGACCAGCAUUUGACGGUACCACAACUGCAGGUAACGCCUCACAAAUCAGUGAUGGUGCUGCCGGUGUGCUCUUGAUGAAGAGAUCACUUGCUGAAUCUAAAGGAUACCCAAUUGUUGCCAAGUUUGUUGCAUGCAGCUCAGUUGGUGUCCCACCAGAAAUCAUGGGUGUUGGUCCAGCAUACGCCAUCCCAGAAGUCUUGUCCAGAACAGGCUUGAGCAUUGAAGACAUUGAUGUUUACGAAAUCAACGAAGCAUUUGCCGCACAAUGUCUUUACAGUGCUGAACAAUGUAACAUUCCAAAGGAGAAGUUGAACAAGAACGGUGGUGCCAUUGCCCUUGGCCACCCAUUGGGUGUGACUGGAGCAAGACAAUACGCUACCAUCUUGAGAUUGUUAGAACCAGGUCAAAUUGGUGUGACUUCGAUGUGUAUCGGUACUGGUAUGGGUGCAGCAUCAGUCUUGGUGAGAGAAUAA